GAUUGCCAGAUAGAACCAUGUCCCAAUGAAAACUUUCCUGGAUUAUGGGAAGUGCCGAUGAUUCAGUAUCACCGCAACUCGAAGGAUGGAGAUUUCUACUGCUCCAUGCUGGAUGCUUGCACUCCGCAACCGAAGACAGCUUUGGACACGAAGGAAUUUCUCAUGAAGAAUUUCAAGCGCCAUUACGACUCAAACAGGGCUCCAUUCCCAGUGUUCCUGCACGAAGCUUGGCUGAGAGAUAAGCAUCGUCUGGAGGGCUUCUUACAGUUUUUUGACACAAUUCUCACGAUGGAAGGAGUUCAAGCAGUCACCCUGAGACAGGUGGUUGAAUACAUGAGGCAUAGAGUGUUCCCGGUUCGUACACCCAUCCAACCCUGUCCAAAGAAAGAAGUCUGCUCUUACAAAGAGCCCCUAAGGAUCAUGAAGACAUGCACCACCGGCUGCCCUAAGUACUACCCUUGGGUGGGUACUCCCUUAGGAAGAAGACCACCAAGAGAUUUCCCUCAAUGAUAAUUUGUAUAUACAAGAUGUAUCCAUUAAAAUUGUUUUUAUUUUGA